AUGAAUCGAGAUGAUGGCCGUCAAGCGGCCGUCGACAGGAAUGUCGAUGGCGAAGAGCUUCCAUCCGCCGCGUUCCACACGUCUGCAGAUGCAUGCCGGAUUCAACGGUUAAGAGACGAAGUCUUGGAUCAGCUAAGGACGGUCAUUGAUCCCGACCUUCACAAGGACAUUGUCGCUUUAGGUUUCGUACGGGAUUUAGAGAUACACGAGCACGCGGGCUCCGUAAAGUUUCGUUUGCGGCUCACGACUCCUGCCUGCCCAGUCAAAGAUGUCUUCGUCGCUACUUGUACGGCGCGCCUUCGCGCCCUCGAAUGGGUUCACCAAGUCGACAUACAGUUGGAGAGUCAAAAGCCCUCAGGAUCUACGGCAUCUCGUAGUGCCGGUGAUGGGCUGAAAUGCGUUUCGUUCGUGCUUGCGGUAACGUCCUGCAAAGGAGGCGUUGGAAAGUCGACAGUCGCUGUCAACUUGGCAUUUAUGCUGCGGCGGUUGGGCGCAAAGGUUGGGCUUCUUGACGCUGACUUGUACGGCCCAAGUCUUCCUGUUCUGCUUCCGCUUCCAGACACGGACGUGUAUUUUGAGGAAGAAAGCGAGGGAGAACCUUCAGAGGAGCACACGUCCGAAGUGGUAUUCAGGCCAAAGAGAAGUAAGGAUCGGGGGCAUUCCCGGGCAAACAGUAGCCGCGGGAGUCCCAUUGCCUUCGAACCGACGAGGAGUCAACGAGGCGAAACGGACACGAAGAAAAAGCACUCGGCUGGAGACCAAGACGUCGAGAACGCCCAGCCGAAAUUGCGUCCUUUGGUCCACAAUGGCGUCAAAAUCAUGUCGUACGGAUUCAUUAGGAAUUCCGGGUCCCAAGGUUUCUCCGCUCUACGUGGCCCAUUUGCAAGCAGCGUCAUCGAGCAGCUGUUGACAGGCACUGCCUGGCGAGAUCUCGACUACCUCGUCAUCGAUUUCCCUCCUGGAACGGGCGACAUUCAUAUCACCCUUUCUCAGACAGUGAAAAUUGAUGCCUGCGUUGUUGUGACGACGCCUCAAACGCUAAGCACGGCAGAUGCGGAGAGAGGAAUUAAGAUGUUCAACGAACUCGGUAUCCCCACCAUAUGCGUCGUGGAGAACAUGGCCCACUUCGUGUGUGACGGAUGCCAAAAGAAACACAUCCUUUUUCCCGGGCAGCAAAACGUGGAGAAACUUGCGGAUCUUGCGGAGGCGCCGCAUGUCGUUCAAAUUCCUCUCGAUCCUCGUCUGUCAGAAGUUGUUGGGGACGAAGCGUCGGCUGGUGACCAACCUACGAAAAAUGCACAGAGCGCCGGAGAAACCUGCACGUUCCCUGUUGUAGAACGGCUCCGCCAAGUUCCGGAAGAUAAAGUCUAUUCGGUGUUUCAUGACCUAGCUGCCAUCGUCGUGCGCGAACUUUCGACUUUGCGCUACGGCUACGUCGGCCCCUCCGUCACGCUUACUGGCGAUUCUUGUGUCCAGAUAGGUCUACCAAGGAGAAUUCACAGAACACGCGCCGACGAUUCAGAAAAACGCUGGACAUCCUCUACCGGGGAUCCUGACGAUGAUCAUGUGGCUGCAGCCGGAAAGGCCAGCACGUCGGAUCCUCACGCUGUCUCCAUCGACGUGUGCACCGUCUCUCUCCGCCGCCUACGAGACGCUUGUGAAUGUGGAAUCUGCACGGAAGAAGCGGAGAAAGUCCCAAAAUCGGGAACGAGAGCGACAUCGCCUGCGGAGCUGGCUUUGACGGAGGUUCUUCAUGCGUCGAACCGUAGCCUGAUUUUCGUAUGGGACGAUGACCACCGGACGGCGCUACCACUCCAAACCUUGGAACGCCUUGCACACGCGGAGGACGAGAUCCGAAGUCGCGCAAGCGGUUCGGUGUGCACGGCUGGCGCGCAACCAGAGCUUGAGUGGUGA